AGUAUGUGAAUGACGUAGAAGUACUGCGCCGUUGGUGAUUACGGAAGAACCUGGAGUGUGGCGUGACCAUGGGGAAGCAAAAGAAAACAAGGAAGUAUGCGACCAUGAAGCGAAUGCUUAGUCUCAGAGAUCAGAGGCUUAAAGAAAAGGAUAGAUUAAAACCUAAAAAGAAAGAAAAGAAGGAUCCCAGUGCGUUAAAGGAAAGAGAAGUUCCCCAAUACCCUUCCUGCUUAUUUUUCCAAUAUAAUACACAGCUGGGCCCACCUUACCACAUCCUCGUUGAUACCAACUUUAUCAACUUUUCCAUAAAAGCCAAACUGGACUUAGUGCAGUCAAUGAUGGACUGUCUGUAUGCCAAGUGUAUCCCUUGUAUAACUGACUGUGUAAUGGCUGAAAUUGAGAAACUGGGGCAGAAAUAUCGAGUGGCUCUAAGGAUCGCCAAAGAUCCAAGAUUUGAACGAUUACCAUGUACACACAAAGGGACCUAUGCAGAUGACUGCUUAGUACAGAGAGUAACUCAGCAUAAGUGUUACAUUGUGGCCACAGUUGACCGGGACCUUAAAAGAAGAAUCCGUAAGAUUCCUGGAGUUCCUAUCAUGUACAUUUCUAACCACAGAUACAACAUCGAACGGAUGCCAGAUGAUUAUGGAGCCCCUCGAUUCUAAUUCUUAUAAGACACAAUUCCUCUGCCUUUCUUCAGCCAGCUUUCUCUUGUUGCCAGUUCAUUACAUGAAAUGUAGCGGGAUUUUUAAGGAAUCAGAGAGACCGAUGGAGUUCAGGAAGAUAUUUAUUAUUUAGGUGCACCAGACCAGUUAGAUUAACAUCCAAAGGACUGAGCCCCGAACAAAGAGUUAAGUUACCAUUUAAGCAUUUCGUGGGGCGGCGGGGCGGGAUCUGUGCAGGGGGAAGCACAUUACAGAAGUGAGAAAGACAAUUAAUUGAGACAUGCAUUACAUCAUUUCUUACUUUUCAAGGAAAAACAUGUUUUGUGACUUGAGUUUAUCUGUCUAGUUACUUUGCAGCUGCACAGCUAGAGAAACGGGGUAUUUACAAUGCCUGGGAAAGGAGGAGAGAUAAGGCUCACUAGCCACAGAAAAACAGGCAGUUAAUUUUUAAAGGACUCCAGCUCUUUCUCUUUCUCACAGGGAAUUGGGUUCUCUUACAUACAACUGAGUUUCUGCUUACACAUUUUUAAAUUUCUUUUAAUUCCUUUUCCAAUGCAAUAGCAUGAAUUAUUAUUCUGUUGACCUAUUUGCCCUAUUAUGAGCUGAGGGUAGUUAGAUAUGCUCACUCUUUUUUUUUUUUUUUCCUUGAGACGAAGUUUUGCUCUGUCAGCAGGCUGGAGUGUAGUGGCGCGAUCUGGGCUCACUGCAACCCCUGCCUCCCAGGUUCAAGUGAUUCUCCUGCCUC